ACUGGGCGCCGCUGGCUAGCUCCGCCACAGAGAAAAGCCUCCAGCCGGGUAGAGAAACGACUCCCAGUCGGAAGUUACGGUUGAAGCCCAGGCAGCCAUAAUUGAUGAUGGCAGGAGGCGUUUCCUGUCACCCGUUUGACGUACGUUUUUCCUGCUUUUGGUUCCCCGUUACCCCAGGCAACAGCAGAGCGGUCUGGAAAGGGAUGCACCUGUAAGUAUACUUACGGAGGAUGUGCACACACACAGUCCACACUGGGCGAGUUAAUUCGCGAUCGGGAACUGCCGGUUUGCUUGCCAGACCCUUUACGGAGCCCCUGAUCGCUUACCUAGAACUACAGUUUAGGGCUUCAAAACUCCCUCGCACCGGAAGUUGCGCUUGCACUUCCUAGUAGGGUCAUGGCCAGGAGGUGGGAGUAGCCGGACCCCGCCUGCGCCCCAGGGGGUGCCUCCUCUCCCAGAGCUGACGAGUGAGACAUUGUCUCAUGUAGUUCCUUCUGUGGACGUUUGGAGUCAAGAAGUCAAUCGUUCUGAUAACUACAGAUUGGAUUCCUAAAGGUGCAAGAAAAAAAAAAAGAACAAUUUUCAGGCGCAAAAGACUGCAUCCAGCACUUUACAGAUGGCAGAAGUGAAGUCGAUGUUCCGAGAAGUCCUUCCAAAACAAGGGCAGUUGUCUGUGGAAGAUGUAACCACAAUGGUGCUGUGUAAACCCAAGCUCUUGCCCUUAAAAUCUCUGACGCUGGAAAAACUGGAGAAAAUGCAGCAAGCAGCACAGGAUACAGUCCGUCAACAAGAAAUGGCAGAAAAGGCAACGAGCAAAUAAGCCACUAGUUACCACCACUGUAGGGGAUGCCCCAUCUUAACCCCUAACUGUUCGUAACUAGAAACUAUUCUGCAUCUGCAGGCUAGAAAUGCUUAAACUAGACCGUCAACAUUUUAAAACACAAAAUGUGGGUGUUCAAACAUUGGUUUGUGUUCAAAGCAAAACUCUGAAGCAAGUUUCAUGGAAUUUUGAAAGUUUUUAAAAUUAUAAAUUUCUCACUUUCUCAGUUUAUUUACCAUAACUACUGUUAUGAAUGUAAGACAUUAAAUGCAUCUUUUAUGGAUGAAGGAUUUAUUAGAAACAUGAAUCUGAAAAUAAACUUUAAUGUGAAUAUAUUGUUGGGCUUGUACACUACCCAAAAUACACAUAAGCAAGUGUGGGCCACAUCAUGCUGACUGCUACGGAGCCUGACCAGUGACAGCAGGAAUAACCAACUGGUCUUUAGGAAACCUUCAAUAGGUCUGGAGAGAUGGCUCAGAGGUUAAGAGCACUGACUGCUCUCUACCAGAGGUCCUGAGUUCAAAUCCCAGCAACCACAUGGUAGCUCACAACCAUCUGUAAUGAGAUCUGAUGCCCUCUUCAGGUGUGUCUGAAGACAGCUACACUGUACUUAGAUACAAUCUUUUUUUAAAAAAAAGGACACCUUCAGCUAUAGACAGAACGCUCAGGAACUAAGCUCCUAAUUACACCAAUGUUAAGAAACAGAGAAUUACACAACUGCUACUCAAGUCCCAAAUACAAACCCUGAGCUGCUUAUUAUAGCAAAAACUCAGGUGACAUGAGCCUAAAAGAGCCGUGAAGUUUGAACACUAGAGGGUUUCUUUCUAAGAGAUGGUACCUAACCCUGUAACCAAGGAACUGUUUGGAAAAUUAUACAUGUAAUGAUUUUGCUGCAGUCACCAAACACCUUCAGUUACCACAGAUCUUGAAACCUUGCUAAUAACUAGGCUUUAUAAAGAGGCUAGAGGUAACUUAUUUAUUGGUAGUUAAAUAUUGGUAAUUUAGAUAAAUCUAAGCUUUAAGUACUUAAGAGAAUGCUUUUUUAAAACACGUUACAAUAUAAGGGUAAGAUCUAUUUAUAUAUUAGACAAAUUUCACUCAUUAACUCUAGUUAUAUAAUAAACAGAAAAUUAAAGUGCAUGUGUAUUUCCCUAGGAUAACCUUAAAAGGCCUUUAACUAUUACAGUUUUUAAAAUGUGUAAUACAUGUCGGUGUGUAUGCACCUGUAUGCAGGUGCCCAUGGAAGCACGAGAAGACAGCUGAUCCCCUACACCUUUAUUCUUGGCACUCAAGCCUCCCAGGCAGAAAGACUGGACUACCUAAACAAUUAUCAGGCCAGCCAGAGCUAUAGAGCAGGUUCUGUCUCAAGAAGCAAUGAAACAUUUUUGUUUGGUUUGCACUGUUAGGAUUGAACACAAGGCCUAGUGAGGUUUAAACAGGAAACCUAAAAGAAGUUUCAAAAGACACAAUAAAUGCACUCCCACUAAAGAAUCAACAGUGUUUCACAUGUUUUAUUUUGCUGUACAUUCUUGUAGAACCGGGUUCGUUUUUCCAGUUUUGUAGAAAAAUAGAUGUUCCAGCCACCAUUUACUUAACUGUCUAAUAUUUAAGACCAAUCAAUAUGUUCCCUGGAAAGAUGAAAAAGUCUCAUGACUAACUCGUUUUUUUAAAAAUUCUUUAAAACAAAAA